AUGUCACUGCUCCCUGCUGAGAUGCAGGGGGCUCUUGCCCAGCUCCUCCAGGCUCUCCAAUCUGGCGACAAUAACAUUCGGGGCCAGGCAGAAGAGCAACUGAACAAUGACUGGCACGCCAACCGCUCCGAUGUGCUGCUCAUGGGUCUUGCAGAGCAAAUACAGUCUGGUCAGGACGCACAGUCGCGAUCCUUCGCCGCCGUCCUGUUCCGAAGGCAGGCUUCCAAAACCAAGAAAGGCGCAGACGGCAACUCGAGAGAAACCUUUCUGACCCUCAACGGCGACGCGAGGUCAGCCAUCCGAUCAAAGUUGCUUGAGUGCCUUGCCAGCGAGCAGAUCAACCAUGUACGGAACAAAGUUGGCGACUCUAUUGCAGAGAUCGCGCGUCAAUACACCGAUAACGGCGAGAGCUGGAUCGAACUUCUGAGUGCUCUUUUCCAAGCCAGCCAGUCUCCUGACCAUGGGAUGCGGGAAUGCGCUUUCAGAAUAUUUUCCACAACCCCUGGGAUCAUUGAGAAGCAGCAUGAAAGCGCGGUCCUGGAGGUUUUCGGCAAGGGCUUCAAAGACAGCAGUAUCGAUGUGCGGCUGGCGGCUGUUGAGGCCUUCGCGUCCUUCUUCAGCUCGAUCACCAAGAAGAACCAGUCGAAAUACUAUUCGCUCAUUCCUGAGAUCCUCAAUAUUUUGCCUCCAUUAAAGGAAUCAAAUGAUGCCGACAACUUGUCAAAAGCUUUUGUAUCACUGAUUGAGCUCGCUGAAGCUGCACCGAAAAUGUUCAAGGCUCUCUUCAACAGUCUGGUCAAGUUUAGCAUCUCCGUCAUUCAGGAGAAGGAGCUCGGUGACCAGACUCGACAAAACGCACUCGAACUUAUGGCCACAUUCGCCGAGUACGCUCCUGGCAUGGCGAAGAAAGACCCCGAUUUCACAGCCAGCAUGGUCACUCAGUGUCUGAGCUUGAUGACUGACAUUGGCAUUGACGACGACGAUGCUGCCGAGUGGAAUGCGCAAGAGGAUUUAGACAUGGAGGAAAGCGAUCUCAACCAUGUCGCCGGCGAGCAGUGCAUGGAUCGCUUGGCGAACAAACUGGGAGGGCCCAUUAUGCUCCCUGCGACCUUUACCUGGUUGCCUAGAAUGAUUCACUCCACAUCGUGGCGGGAUCGUCACGCUGCUUUGAUGGCCAUCUCCGCCAUCUCUGAAGGCUGCCGAGACCUCAUGAUCGGCGAGCUCGACAAGGUGCUGGAAUUGGUCGUGCCCACUCUCAAAGAUCCUCACCCGCGCGUCCGUUUCGCUGGCUGCAAUGCUUUAGGUCAGAUGAGCACCGAUUUCGCAGGUCCCAUGCAAGAAAAGUACCACGCAGAGGUCUUGGGCAGUAUUGUACCAGUGCUGCAGUCUCCCGAGCCACGAGUGCAAGCUCACGCUGCCGCUGCUCUGGUUAAUUUCUGCGAGGAAGCUGAGAAGGCCAUUCUCGAGCCCUACCUCGAUCCUCUUCUAAACAACCUGCUGCAAUUACUUCAAUCGCCUAAACGCUAUGUCCAAGAACAGGCGCUCUCGACAAUCGCUACCAUUGCUGACUCGGCUGAGAGUGCCUUUGUCAGGUAUUACGAUACUCUGAUGCCACUCCUGUUCAACGUCCUUCGCUCAGAGCAGGCCAAAGAAUAUAGGCUGCUCCGCGCCAAAGCUAUGGAGUGUGCUACGUUGAUCGCUCUGGCUGUUGGCAAGGACAAGAUGGGCCAAGACGCUCUCACUCUUGUUGAGAUCCUGGGCAGCAUCCAGCAGGGUAUCACAGAGGACGACGACCCACAGGCGCAGUACCUGCUUCACUGUUGGGGACGUAUGUGUAGAGUGCUUGGCUCUGACUUUGUGCCAUAUCUGCCUGGUGUCAUGCCUCCAUUGACCGAGCUCGCUUCAGCCAAGGCCGAUAUUCAGCUCUUGGAGAAUGACGAGGAAGGCAUGAUUGACCAAGAUGAGGGCUGGGAGCUAGUGCCGCUCAAGGGCAAGGUGAUUGGUAUCAAGACACAGACACUCGAGGACAAGAACACUGCAAUUGAGCUUAUCACGAUCUAUGCUCAAAUCCUCGAAGCCGCAUUUGCGCCCUACGUCCAGCCGAUUGCCGAGAAGAUCGCUCUGCCCUCGCUGGCAUUCUUCUUCCACGAUCCGGUCCGCGUUGCUGCUGCGAAGCUGAUCCCUCAGCUUCUUAAUUCGUAUAAGAAAGCUUAUGGCGACCAGUCACCACAGCUAAUGCAACUGUGGAGUCAAUGUUGUGAGAAGGAAAUUGAGAUUUUGUCGGCGGAGCCAGCGAUCGAGACGCUUGCCGAGAUGUUCCAGUGCUUCUACGAGUCGAUCGAGGUUGUUGGCAAAAACUGUCUGUCUCAGGCUCACAUGAAUCAAUUCAUCGAAUCGACAAGGUCGACACUAGAAGAGUACCAGAAGCGUGUUCAAGAACGAGCUCAGGAGCGUGCCGAGGCUGCGACUCAGGGAGCCGAGGAAGAAGACGACAGCAUGAGCAUGCAAUAUGCGAUCGAAGACGACCAAACAUUGCUUUCGGACAUGAACAAGGCCUUCCACACCAUCUUUAAAAACAUGGGCACCAAUUUCCUAGGGCCAUGGGAGCAGUUGAUGCCGUUCUACGAUAACUUCAUCAACGGUCAGGACCCCACCCAGCGGCAGUGGGCCACCUGUAUCUUUGACGAUGUGCUUGAGUUCUGCGGCCCUCAAUCAUGGAACUAUAGCUCACACAUCAUCCAACCGCUCAUAAAUGGCAUGCAGGAUACCAAUGCUGCCAAUCGGCAAGCAGCCGCCUAUGGUGUUGGAAUUGCUGCACAGAAGGGUGGUGAGCAGUGGUCAGAAUUUGUUGCUGCUAGCGUCGACAUUCUGUUCCAGAUCAUUCAGAUGAACAACGCUCGCAGUGAAGACGAGGUCUUUGCCACUGAAAAUGCUUGCGCUGCCAUCGCAAAGAUCCUACACUUCAACAGCAGCAAAGUACCGAACGCCCAAGGCGUCGUGGAACGAUGGAUUGAGACUUUGCCGGUUACCAACGAUGAAGAAGCCGCCCCAUACGCGUACAGCUUCCUAUGUGAACUGAUCGAUACCAAUAACCCUGCAGUCAACCCCAGGGCUAGCCAGAUAUUCCAGCAGAUUGUCCUAGCACUAGAAGCAGAGACUCUGCAGGGGCAGACGGCGAAGAAGGUAGCGGAGUCGGCUAAGAAGCUCGUCGAGAGCAAUCCUGGCGCAAUCAACGCGGAUGCCGUACUGGGUAAUCUCAGCGCCGAAGGCCAGGCUACGGUGAAGAGUUAUUUCGAAUAA